ACGAACUACAAAAGUACCUGGGCUUGUUACUUUACAUGGCAGUCUGCAAUUUCCCAAAAAUGGUAGACUUUUGGAGGAGAAACACAAUUUUUCACGUUCCUUUUCCUGCCACGGUUAUGUCCAGAGACCGGUUUCUGGCCAUCGCUUCUAACCUUAAUAUCAGUGAUCCAGAAGAUAAUGUGGCCAAUGAAAAAAAAAAAAAACAAGGCACAGAGGACUAUGACACACUACAGUCGGUCAGACCCCUCCUUGAAAUGAUGAGAUAUCAUUGCAUGGGUAACUACCACCCAAAGCAGCAUAUUUCAGUUGGUGAGAGGAUGGUUACUUCAAAGGCAAGAUUAGCCAUCAAGCAAUACACGAAAGCCAAGCUCACCAAGUGGGGGCUAAAAUAUUUUGUUCUUGCUGAUGUGAAUGGCUGCACCAUAGAUUUCAUGCUGUACAUGGGGAAAUCAAAGUUGUUAUCAGGGAAAGGACUCUCUUUUGAUGAGGUUACAUCACUAGUGGACAAAGACUAUCUGGGAUUGGGUUACAUUGUCUACUGUGACAACUUCUACACUAGCCCAUCCCUCUUCCAACACUUGAAAAAGCAGGGAUUUGGGGCUUGUGGUACAUCGACAUCGGCCGACAGCUGUGACCGAAUACAAGAAAUGCAUGGCAGGAGUGGAUACAUCAGACCAGAUGCUGGGAACAAAUUCAGUCCAUCGCAAAACCAGAAGAUGGAACAUGACAGUUUUCCAGCAUCUUCUGGACAUUGCAGUUACCAACAGCUUCAUCCUUCACAAAGAGCUGUGCAUCAGCAAGCAACAGAAGCACAAGACUUGCCAGGCCUUCCAGGAGGAGCUCGCUGCACACCUCCUGGGUGUUUGCUUGGUUACCAGCCCGAGUCCCCAAGUCAAGGACAGUUUCCUGUCCCUAUGAGCACUGGAGAUAUGGGAAAGAGGCAGAGGGCAAGCAUGGGAAGGAAGCAGUGCAUUGUCUGUAAGAGAAGCACUCCUUGAAAAUGCCAGCAGUGCAAUGUAGGCCUUUG